CAAAACAUAAAUUAAAUUAAUAAAUUAAAUACGUAUGUUAUAGAUAGCUCGUAGCUACCUGCGCACGAGCAGUGAUGGAACAGGUUCGUCAAAGUUCAUUCGUAACCCAUUCAUUACUACAAAGGCCGUUGACUGCGUGCGUCGUAAGUCGUUGUCGCCGGCAGCCAUAUUGGCCCGCCAUGUUGGCAGCAGUGACGCCAUGUUGUUUUUGGUUGGCUCUACUGUUGAUCACAGCCAACUUCAAGUAACAGCGGUUUUAUUUUACGCGAACGUUACGUUAGUUAUGUUUUGAACUGUUUGUGUGUUGGUGUACGGAUUACGACAAUUGUUUUGUUCUUAUUUUUAUCAAUGGAACGGACGUGUUUAUUUUUGUUGACGAAUAGGUAUUGCUAUUUACGUGUGUUUGUGUCAAAAAACGUGUCGCGGAGUGAUCAGUGCCGACCAAAUAAAACAUGAUAGUGAAAGUUUGGUUAUGUUGACAGUUGAACUCAUUAAAACAGUGUAAUAACGAGUCUUCGUACAAAAAAGAUGUGUAAAUUGGCCGCAUUCGACUCUCCGACGCGGCGCCGAGUGAACGUCGAGAAGGAAGCGACUCACGUAACUAUCGUUAGUGAAUAGAGUGCGCGUAGUCGAUCGUGACGUGCAAUGCCCAGGGCCCAGUGCGCCCCGCUACCCCUCACAGGGCUAUGGAGACCCUCCUCGAUAAAUUCAAGAGGGAGCAAAGUGGCCUACGGCGUUCCAGAUCCGUCCGCGCUUCCCUACGAUUGAUAGGUAACCGCUGGCGGUCUAAGGACGAAGAAACUAAAGAAGACAUUGACAAAAUAAAAUCUAACGGAAUCUUUUUUGCAAAGCAAAUCUGGACGGAGAAAGAUUACGACGUAGGUUAUACGGGUAUUGAAGGAACGUACAAACCAAAGACACCAGCCAUGGCGAAACGGAAGCAGGAACCUGCCAAGCAGAGAAAGAAGAGCGGCGAUAUUGACUUGAGCUUAAAGCCUCAACGGCCAAAAAAAGUGGAAAAGAAGUUCAGUGAUCUGUUUACCAAUAAGAAACAAAAGAGUGUUUCGGCCAAAGAACUGUUGGUUCCGGAGAAAAUACCUCCGAAAGCAGCCGCGAUAUUACACAUACAUUCACCGGAAAGCGAUAAGGUCAAGAAAAAGAUGAAAGGUAUGGGAAAAUCAGAGUCAGCGAAAUCAAUGUCUGAGUUAAUGACGCACAAGCGCGUGCGCAGGGGUUCGGAAAGUGACAUGUGUCCAAACCAACCGCGCGGCUGUGUCAACCCCGCGUUCGUGUACAGCACCCCGCCGAAAGACAGGAAGAUGCCGAUGUCACCCACCGCUUUCCUAAAGCUGCAGUACGGCGCUCUUCUCGAGGGGUGCGGGGGGGAGUUGCCGUCGCUAAGCGCGUGCGCGCCGCACCCCCCGCACCUUGACAAAGCUACGCGUCGACAACAGAAGGAUGCGCGCGCGCAACAAGAUAAAAUCGCACAAGUUAACAUACAUUUACACGCUCUGUUCGCGGCCGUCGAACAUGGCUACCUCGACAAGGCGCGAAAUAUUCUGGAGUCGACCGACGUCGAUGUUAACAGUCUCAACGCUGAUGGCCUGUCACCUCUGGAUGUGGCAGUCUUGGCAACCAACAGACAACUUGCCAAAAUGCUCAUGGAAUUCGGUGCCAAAGAGGGAACGCAAUUCAAAAGCUCUGAAUGUCUGGGCACUCAUCUGCGGCGGCUGUCUCGCGAGGCGGAGUCCAAACUGCAUGAGGUGACAGGAUGCGCUCCCGAGAGAACUUGCAGGGAAGAUGCUUGCACCAGGUCAGCAGCAGGCAGCCAAGCCGCUGGUACCACCGGCUGCGCAGGCGGCGCUGGCUCAGAAAAAGACAAACAAGCCCAACAUUGGGAAAGAAGAGUGAGAACCCUCAAACGUCUAGUCCUAGGCUGGCAACAGAUGCGCGUCCCGCCCGCGCCGGCGCCGCCCGAGCUGGAGGUGUGCGGCGCGCACGCGGUCACUGUGCGGCUGAAGGAGAACCGAGCUGUGCAGCCCAUACCGAAGGACCCGCCACUCAUUACUAAGUAUAAAGUGGAAUGGUCAUCGCGCGCGGACUUCUCGAACGUGUGUGGUUGCCGCGAGGUGGCGGCGGCGGGCAGCAGCAGCGGCACGCGCGUGCUGGCGGCCGGCCUCACGCGCGGACGACGGUACUUCUUCAGGGCCGCCGCGGGGAACAUCAAGGGAUGGGGACCCUACACCGUGUCGGUGCCACGUAGCGUUGUGCCGAGCAGCUGGCGCGACGUGUCGGGCCGCGCCUGCCGCGGGUCGGGCGCGGCGGCGGCGCUGGAGGCGCUGUCGGCGGCGGCGGCCAGCGCGCGCGCGCGGCCCCUCGCGCACCACGCGCGGCAGCCGCGCAAGAAGACCGCCACCAUACGACAGCUCUUCACCGCCGCUAGCAAGUUCCAGAAGAACUUACGACGAGGUGUGUAUUUGGCCUGCAUCUUGUACCAUGAGGACAAAGUCCUGGUCACCAGCGAGGAGUUCCUGCCGGUCAUCGAAGUCGAUGAGACAUAUCCAACCUGUAUCUACACCGACUUCCAUUGGCUCAUGAAGGUGUCGUGUGCGUGGGACGACGUGAAGGCUCUCCGCUCGGACAUGGAGAAGCACACGUCCUCGUCCAUACACUUCCGCCUCAAGCUGCUCACCGCCGCCGCGCAGAUGCAGUCCGCGCUCUGUAUACAGGAUCUAGGCCAGCUGUACCACAAGCCGCUGCGCGACUCUCACGGCACGGUGGUGCUGUCGUGCGUGAACAGCGUGAAGUCCGUGAAGUCAGUGUCGGCGCUGAACUCGCGCUGGGCGGCCGUGUCGCGCCUGCGCCGGAGGGUGCUCAGCGAGGACAACACCAUCGGGGAGCUGCUCAUGGCGUCCGUGCACGAACAGAUCGCGUACCAUCAGGUGUCCCGCGUGCAGCUGUCGCGCGGGCUGUACCUGGGCUACCUGAAGCUGCAGUCCUCGGUGGAGGUGGUGCGCAUCGUGGCGCCCGCGCGCGCGCCCAACGUGCCGCCGCACACGCGGCUGCGCGGGAACCCGCACGUGUCCGCAGAAGAAUGGGAAUACCUGAAGAACCAAUCAGGCAAAACUGAUGACUCACAAGCUGUCAACAGCCUCAGCACUAUAAGCAGCCAAGAGAAGCCCUCAGAAUCUCAAGAAAUGUUCCUCGAUCUAAUUGCUUCGGGCGCACGAAGGCUUUUCAAAGAAAUGGAAAUCCCCAUCGACAGUGUCAUAGCCCACCGAAUAUACGACUUGGAGGUCGUCGAACUGAACAAUGACGUCAGUUUCAUUAUGAUAUGUCCCCCCGCAGAGCAAGCGUGCUCAGUGCCUGGACAGAAGGAAAUCCUCCUGCAGAAAGGUGAUCUGCUCAGCUUACCAAUACAAGCUUUUGAAAUGAUCCACCUACAAACAUACCACACGAACAUUCUAAACAAAUAUUCAAAGUUAAGCUGCGUACUAGAGCUAGACGUCGCUUUAGCCGCUCAUUCUCACCGAGAAGCAUUCUCCUGCACCGAACUACAGACAGCCAAAGAGAGACUAACCAAACUAGAAGACCUACAAAAUAAUCUGAACUCGGUGUGGAAGGCAGAACGAUGGCUCAUGGACCUCAUAGGCUUCGCGAGAGAUAAGGAUAAGGCUUCACCAAGUUCCGGAAUAUUGCUCAAGUAUAUUCUAAGCAAAACACCUUCACAGAAUACCGAGAAUCCCGUAGAGGUCAAUGAGACAGACGGAAAGUUUAAGGACUUCCUUCAAAUACCGUCGAGAGAUGGUAAAAUAACUAAAACUUCUCCUGGUAGAGGAUCAUGGCCGGGGCCAGCCGGGAAUGGUAACCACGCCAACUUACACCCUGAGUUCAGCAAAUCUGAGCAACAGUUAAGUCUCUCCCCUCGACAAACGUCUGUGUCCACGCUUAAUUUGUGCAGCUCACAAUUCUUAAAUCCCGAAACUCAUAAAUUUCCUAGGAAGGGCAGUGCAGACUCCCAGUAUACACAAUCCAGUGCAGUAAGCAAUAACUUUGUCAGUAGCAAUUCCCAGUUUGAUAUAAAAUCGUCGGCUGGUUCGCACGCUAGCAUCGGGAGCAAUCGUCUCCCGCCAUCUCGAAGCGAAGACACACUUGUACUACAAAACGAGAAUGUAGAACCGAAGCCAAGACCUCACAGUAUUAACGCCAGUGCAUCAACUACGUCCAGUCCUCUGCUGACAGUAAAAGGUUACUAUCCCGGCAGUAUGAUAAGUGUUAGAACGUCUAAAGGUAACGUGUCCGAGUCCGCCCAGAGUCUAUCCAGUGACUCAGAGAGCCAAAGCUGUCCACUAACUUCAGUUCCUUUGAAAAUCCGUCCGCAGGGAAAACAUUACAGGAGCCCGUGCAGCGUCAUAGCUUCGAAAAGUAUGACGAAUGUCAAGGGUGAAGUUGACUUCACUGACACCGGUCAGGAAUACCAGAAGUCAAACUUGUGCGUCAAACGCCAGCCUUUGUUGGAGACGCAAGAGGACGCCGAAUACAACAACAAAGUUGCAAAGACUGAUGAGAGAAGAGAUAGCGAAGAGGUGAAGGUACCGCCAGAACAACGGACUCCCGAUCAGGCCGGAAUACUACAGGUAUUCGCUGCAUAUGAAACCGGCUUAGCCGCGGGGACAUCGCUCAAACUACACGUCACGCCCCGUACCUCAGCGCGGGAAGUCAUCGACCUGGUAGUCAAACAACUCAACAUGGCCGCCGUGCUCAAAGGCAAAGCCGGACCCGUGUACGGCCCAGAGAAACUACAAGACUUCUGCCUUGUGGCAGUGAUCGGCGCUCGCGAAAGAUGCCUCCGAGAUGACUUCAGGCCGUUGCAACUUCAAAAUCCGUGGCGAAAGGGAAGAUUGUACGUUAGGCUCAAACACGACGUGUUGGCAGCACUGCAACAUUCUGCCAAACAACCUGCUUACAUUUGAACGAGUUUUAUUUGUAAAGUCGGCAAAGGAAUAGUAACAUUGUUUCGUGGCAUAGAAUUUAUUAUUGUUGGAAGUGUUUAGUCACCGUAGGAGGCAGUUGAUAAACAGAACUUAAAUAAUGAAUCUAUUUAAAAGUUUACCGCCCAGUAAAAUAAUUUGAUGAAUAAAUUAUUUAUUUAUUUUAUAAUAUUGAUGAUUUAAACAUAUUCUUUUUGACAUAGAACCUAUGCUUUCUACUGUGACUAACGUUUUAACGCAUUAUUAGUUUUAUUUUGGUGCCAAUUCUGAUUAUUUUAAUGCUUUAAAUAGUUAAGUGAAAGUUGUGAGUAAUAAUAGUGAAUAUUUAAACAGAAUUUAUGGUGCUUUUCACUGUAAAAUAUUGUCGCUUAAAUGUCUCUAACAAUCAAAUUUCCAUGGAUUAUAAUUAUUAAUCAUUUGUUAGACUGGUAUAGAGAUUAUGCUUAACGAGAUAGCUAUUCCUGUUUAGAUCAAUUUCUAAUUCUUGUCGUGCUGUUUAUGUAGUUCUAUCAAUCAAUUUAAUCUAUCUUAGAUCAUAGUCAGUCAGUCAUUAUAGCAUUGUCACUCAUUGAGAUAUCGUAAACACAACACACAAGUCUUUUCAAAAUAGAAUCUAUAAAAACCUUCUUACACAAAACCUACGACAUUAUUUACUUAAUGGAAAGUGAAAAAGACAUUAAAAUUAUUUAAUCAUGAUGAAAAAAGAACUAAGCAACGUUUAUGAAAGUGCCUGAUUCUUUUCAAAAUACCUACUGAUAAAAUCAUAUCUCUGAGGUAAACAGGGUUACGCUAUAAUUCUUUAAUCCAAGAUACUUAAAGUAAUCGGUUAACUCAAAAGCAAUAAAAUAAUGGACAGAAUGAAAUUAUAACAAGAAUUAUUUAAACAUUUAAAAUAUUUUUCUGAUCGUGAUCACUGUACUUCGCAAUCAUUCAUCGACGUUUUAUACCACCGUAUUACUUACAUAAAUAGAUAUCAUUUUGAUUAGGUAUGUAUUGUACUUAUCCUAUGCAAUUAAAAAUCGUUUGUUAUCGAAUAUAGGCGUAGUUUAAGUGUAAAUAAUUUAAUCUAAUAUAAUCUGUAGUUAUGAUUAGAAUUGUAGAUAUAUUUUGAUAAUUUAAUGUCCAAAAUUGUGCAAAUGUGUGAAGUUAUUUUGUAAAUAACUUGAGUUUCCAGUUUUAUUGACUUUGUGUUUUAUAUGCGUUAAUAGAUUGUGUGAUUGAAAAGCGUAAACUGAGUGAUUUAUAUUGAAUUUUCGGACUAAAAAGCUUCCCAAAAUAUAGUUUUUAUGUAUGGUUUUGUUCGAAAGAUCUCUAACAAACGAUUUUGUUUUACUUCUAUACCUAAUUGUCGGAUUUGUGAAUGAACUGAUCGACUAUCAAAUGAUUUAAAUAUUAUAAUACUCAAGAUUUAUAUAAUUUACAAUUUUAUUGUAAUGUAAAUGUAAAUUCUGUAGUUAAUCGCUGUGUACAAAAGAGUGUGUAAAUUAGAACAGAUUAUUAAAAGUAUAUAAAAUAUGUAAAAGAAAAUUAUCAAUGAUUCGAGCCAUAAAUAAUUAUUGCAAUUUUAAUAAAGCCUAACUGAAUGUCUUAUGAUAUAAAUAAUUUAAAGUUUUAUUUUAGAUUAUCAAAUAUGUAUUCACCCUAUCUGGUGUUGUACAUUAGAAGUUAGUGAGAGUGGGGAUAUGAAAUGAUGCACAAAAAUAAAUGUAUUUUAAAAUCUUAA